UAAUGGCAAGGGAUUUUCGGGAAAAAUGGGUAGCUAUCGAGGCGAGCGUGGGUUGGCAAGUUUGUCGGCAGAACGGGCGGCGUGGCGGACGAAGUGUAGUGCGGCUAGCAAGCUCGUGGCAACGGCACUCACUUGAUAUCGGCCGUCGCGCGGCGCGCCCGCUCCGCCGUCCGUCGCCUCGCCGGCACUCGUUCGUACUCGUAGCGUAACGUGAAUAAUUCUGGACACGACAAUCUCGCGCCAACAAAAUUAUGAAAUGUUGUCAUCUACUCAACUUCAUCCCUGUGGCCUCGUUAACAUUCGAAGCGGGAUUUUCGAAUAAACAACGGAGAAUGAACUUCUGCCGUUGUUGAUGUUAAUGCAGCCUAUGUUUGUCUGUGAUCCCAGUGCGAAGACUGAGUGAUGUUGAAGUAACAUUGAGAAAAAACGAAACGUGCUCCAUUGUUUUUUUAAUAGAUAAUAAAUACAACACAUGGGUAAGAAAAGUUAAUGCUGCUCUUAGCUUAGCAGAAGCUUGACUAAAAUGUCGGACGAAGGCGGCGACGAGUUUCAGCUCGGGUACUGCGACCCCUGGGGAGGCAGUUUCCAAAAAACUUUUACACAAUUCCAUGGCUACAUCGCGUUGGUUAUCUGCCUGCUGGGCUCAGUUGCCAACUCCGUGAAUAUCGCCGUGCUGAGCCGCAAAGAGAUGGCCUCAUCCACCAACUCCAUCCUGACCGGCCUCGCCGUCGCGGACCUUCUCGUCAUGAUAGACUACAUUCCCUUCGCAUUUCUUAUAUACGUGAAGGUUGGAACUGAACAAAGCAGAAACUCCUACGCCGCCGCAGUGUUCGUGUACUUCCACUCUAUCUUCAGUCAGACAUUCCACACCGUUUCAAUCUGGCUGACUAUCACGCUCGCAAUAUGGAGAUAUAUCGCAAUCAAAUUUCCACAAAUGAAUAGGACGUUUUGUAAUAAAAGAAACACGAAUAUAGCUAUUACACUAGCGUACGUUGUGAGUCCAGUAUUGUGUCUUCCUAUAUACUUUGCUAUGAAUAUCGACCCAGUUCCGGGCAAAAGUAGUUCAAAUGCCACGAUGAAUAACACAAGUGAUAUGAACGUGACCUCCAGUCGGGUCGAGCCCGCUUCUAAGUUCGCCAUUACCAUGACCACUAACGGCGACUUAUUGACUGCGAUAUUUUGGAUAUACAGUGUAUUUAUAAAACUUAUACCUUGUAUAAUACUAUCGAUUUUAAGUGUUUGUUUAAUUGUGAAAAUGAAAUCAAGUGAUAGAAGAAGACAAAAACUUUUGAAGAAGUCAGCUAUUACAACGAAUGAGGGUGAGAAGGCCCGUCUGAACGAGGACGGGGGCAAGCGCGGCGGCGGGCGCACCGACCGCACCACCCGCAUGUUGCUGGCUCUGCUAGGUCUCUUCUUGGCCACCGAGUUGCCACAAGCUCUCUUCGGCCUCCUGACAGCGACGGCGCCACGCUUGUUUCAAGUCUGCUACUAUACAUUCGGUGAGGUAAUGGACCUUAUGGCGCUGGUGGGGUCGGCCAUCAACUUCGUGCUGUACUGCAGCAUGAGCCGGCAGUUCCGCAGCACGUUCGGGCGGCUGGCGCGCAAGCUGCUGCCGCUGCCCGUGCCGGCGCAGCCCGACGCCGCGCCGCUCACGGCUCGCAAGGCGUAGCAUUCGCGCACCGCGACCACCUCGGUCGCGCAUCUAUGAUCCAAACAACCAAAAACGCCUUCAAGAAUACACAUAUCCCAGAAUAAGAUGUCACGCGGGUGUACGGAACUAUAAUAUACAACUAUUGUGCUCUUGUGAUUGGAUUGGAUCGAUGGACCUUAGGGAAUAAAUUCUAGUUAGUGGUUCUUUUUGCACAUUAUUUUGUGCGAAGAAAAUAAUCAGAAAGUGCGAUUGGCAGAUAAUUGAUGUUGUAUAAAUAUGAGGUUAGAAUGUGUAUGUCGUAUUCAGAGGACCAGUAACAACACAUCUUUGUGUAAUUUAUCAUACUUAAGAUAUUGUUAAUCUAACUUACCAACGAAAUCUCUUCAUAAGUCCAAAUUGUUCUAUAGAAAUGCAAAUUAUGGUUCAUGUUUGUUGAAUAAGUAACCAAUUUUUCAGUUAAUCAAGUUGCUUCAGUAUUUUAUCUCGUUGAAAAGAAAUGUCUCUGGUAUAUAAUUAAAUAUAUUAUAUGAUAGUACGAGCAAGGACUUGAACUGCGAGGCACGUAAGUUCCACGAUUUACGUUCGUAUGUAAAUUGCCUAACAUUAUUUAAACUCGCACCCUUACACAAAACAAUUUAAACUUUCAUUCUCAAUUAAUUGUUUUGUUGAGAUUGGCAAUUUAAUUGACGACAAAACAAUCUAGAGCACCCGCUUUUAAAUAUUAUCUUUCAAUCAUGUAGGUACCUACUGGUCAUAUUGUUUGUCUUUGUUGCGAAAGCUCGUGGACAUCUCAAUGCAAUAUAUAUACACGGUGUAACACGAGUAAACCGAAAGAUUUUAGCCACGCAUUUCUGAGGAUAAAAGAAGGAAAAAAAAUGUAUGUGUCAAGGUCAACUUCUCCUUUGUAUUUGUACAUAAAAAUGAAAUGCUAUUAGUAAAACUGUUUUUUUCGUAAAACCUAGUUUUCGCAAGGUGUUAUUUGUGACUUUAUUACAUCUAUCAGUAAGGACAUUCAGACUACGUCCCAUAGUGGCAACAUCACUAUCAAAAAGGUGUUUAUAGUCGUUAGAUUUGUAGCUGGCCUCCAACGGGUUAUAGUUUGUCUAUUGUUAACUAAAACGGCGCGUGCCACUACCUGCAAAAAAGGGCCCGGUCACUUUAACCGGUUAUUUAAUUACAACUCCUAUGGUAAUUGAAAUAAGAUUCAAAAUGAACAAAUGGAAAAAUAAUUUGCGAUUUCUUGUGUGGUCCCUAUACAGUUACUGAGUGCCGGCGAGUCGAACGCUACCGAACCAGUCUAAAAUGUGUCUUCGAUAUGCGUAACAAAGGCGCGUUAUCGGAGAGCACACCUACACUGGUUUUAUGAGCGUUGGACUAGCCCGCGCUCAGGUGAAUUAUACGAACCAAUUAGAAUUAUACGACCCUUUUUUUGCAGGUAGUGGUACGCCCGGUUUUAGUUAACAAUAGACAAAAGAUUAGUCCCUUCGGGCCAGCUUCAAAUCGAAUGACUAUACUACUAACUAACGAUAAAAAUGUUUUUUUUUUUCAAUUGGCAUUAACUCUGAAACUAGGCGAAUUCCAUAAAAGUUUAUAUGACAUUUUAGCCUUUAAAUAUGAUCCGGAAUACACAAUUAAAAUCUUUCGGGUUCCUCGUGAAACACUGUGUAUAUUAUAUAGCAUGUCGAUGUGCGAUAUGGCAUGUCGCCGGGAAAAAAUAACUUUUAUGUGUGAGUAUUUCACAGCGGAGUGGAGGACAUUGAAAGGACAGCGAUAAAUGGAGUUGCAGGUGUCCAUAGGCUACGUUGACUGCUUACCAUUAGGCGGACCGUAUGCUUGUUUGCCACCGAUGUGGUAUAAAAAAAUGAAUGUUAUUAGCAGUACUUAAUUCCUCAACACUACAUCAGAGUGAUAAUAUUCUUGCUUAAUUAAUACUUAAACCCCAAUCCCAUUUCCAAUUUUCUAUUUUCCAAUACAAAAUGAACACACAUACGUGUUCUUGGCAGUGAAUGUGUUUAUAGUAUCGCAAGUAUCACAAUUAUUAAUGAAGGUGCUUACUAGGAUUUACAUGUGACGUUUCCCGGGUAAAGGUACCUUACGGUGGUAGGCGCUGAAGUCGUGUAGUACCACAUUAAUAUUGGAGCUUCGUUAAUAAUGCCGUAAGCGCCGACCGCCAUAAGGUACCUUUAGCUGUGGAACGUCACUUAUCAGAUGUUGAUGAUAGGUGUCAACCAAUGUAGUUAAAAUAUAUAAUACUAUAUACUUUUAAGUGUGGCGAUUAGGUAUAAUAUUACAAUUGAAAAAAAAAAAAUUGCAGCAGAUUUGCAGGGAACGGAUAUAUCUGUAGGUAUUGUGAGACCUGGCACUCACAUCAAUCAAUUUGUAUGAUUAUUUCAGUAUUACAUAAUACAAAUUAUAUUAUCGUUUGUGCCAUAACAGAUUUUAAAUCUUCAACUUUCAUUUUAAAAUUUUAGAAAUCAAGGUAUAUUUCGAAUGAAUAGGUAGAUAUUGAUUCACCAAAUCUAAGGCAAUACAUGCAUGCCAAAACAAAAAAAGCCAAGGUUAAGAUACAUGCAAUAUUUAAUUGACAUAAUUACAAACUGAGGUUUUUACUUAUCGACCCGGAGACCUCAAUUUUGUUCACAUUCUAUUACAUAUUUUGUGUGAACUAGCCCAAAAAUGUCCGUUAAAUAUUCCUCGUAUAGAGUAGAUUGAUAUAGAAAACAGAAAAAAGAAAAAUAGUUUGGGUGUAUUACCACUAACAAAAUUGACAUUGACAUCUACGAGUAUAUUCUGUAACCUUGAUCUAUGAAUAACGCUCCGUAAAACGUAGUUCUGUCACUUUACUAAAUUAAGGAACUACGUGGCCGCUUUUCCCAGGGUAAUAGUUUAAUUAUGACUUGCUUAAUGUAACAUUGUUGACUCUGAAAUGUAAAGGUGGGAUUCCACCAGUAUGCGGCACUGUGCGACAGAACAGUGCGGCACAUUGGUGGAAUCGCGCCUUAAUGUUGCAUGGGAAUUACGACGUAAUCAUGUUUCCUUUAUUCGAAUGGUUUUGUAUAUAAUUUGUUAUUGUUACUUUUUUAAAUGUUUAAGUAACACAUGUAAAAAAUGCAUAAUGAAACGUAAAUAAAAUAUAUGCUAAUAGCAUUAUGCGUAUUUUCUUUAAAGGACUACAAGAAAUAUAUUUGAGGUAAACAUAAUAAAUUUAAGUUGUUAGUAUGUUUGCUCUUGUACUUAUUGUAUACAUAUUAAUUUAGAACUAAGAUAAAAUGUAUAAUAUUUGUUUAGAAGUUAUCUAAACUAUGUUAUUAUCAAUAUAAAUUGUCAAUUACUAUAAGGAUUACACGGAAAAACGAGUUCAUAAAAUGUAUAUCUUAGAUUCAAUUCGCCUGGCUGGAGAUUCAAGUCACGCCUCAUGUCGCAUUUGUGUAUCCCGACCCAAAAGUUAGCUUGACAAAUGCUUCAUCUCGCAUACAGCCUAUCGCUAUCCAAAACCAAAAUGAAAGUCACCCCAACCGAUUCGCCAAUCAGGAUGUUUCACUUGAGUUCGACCACGAUAUUCAAUGUCCUUUUUACUUCAUAAUUUUAGCUCUGCCGACUGUAUUCAAGUUGCAAAAUUAUAAGUUAAAAAGUUAAAAUCGAGCUUAAUAUUCACUGUACAAGCGCCUCAAAUAUUAAUAUUCAUAAAUGGAUUCAGUCACCUGCCUGUGAAUACGAAUUAGAAUGAAAAUAAGGGGUUUCGCUCCCAGUAUUAAAGUAAUUGACGAGUAUUCCGGAGUAGGCAUAAUUUUGAUUACGGGAUAUUUUUUAGUACAAGUUAAUAUUUACAAGAGCACCUACCUGGGCCCUCCUCGUUGGCGACUAAAGUGAUCCAAUGCUUCAUCAGUGUGGUCGGCGCGCUGCGGCACUGUCCUGUAAAUGACAUAAAUGAAUGUAUCUUAAAUAUGUAGUAAUCUGUAUAAAUCUGGGAAUAAGACGUAAUAGUGAAAUGUAUUAGAUUGUAAAAUAUACAUUAUAGAUAGUUAGUCUGCAUUUGCUAAAAACUCAGUUGAGAACUGUAAACUUAUUGAUUGAAUAGACUCUUUAAUAUUAGUGUCAUCUGUAUGUUUGUUUAUUUACCGAAAUUUAUUAUUACAUGUCGUUUUCAUAUAAACGUGGCAAAAAUAGAAAACAAUAUAUGUAAUUUAUAGUGUUUUAUUUCAAUCUAACACCUUCCAUUUUAUAACAAUCGUGAUAGUUGCCUAGUUAAGGUAUGAGAUUGAAAAGCUUGGUUAUAUCACUAUUGUAUACAAUACUUUUUCUACGAGUUACUAGAAAAAUACUUUUUUUAAUAUAAAACGUAAAUAAUUAAUGAAAAUUGGUAAGUAUCUGAAUAGAAAAAAAUGUAGACAUAAACGCGCGACUCCCGCCCCGCGCUCCGCGCCCCUUUAGUCUUUUCUAUGGGAGCGCGGCAGCACGUGAUUGGUUUUUUUUUACAGUUGACUACAGCGUAUCGAAAUGAAUCUUAUAUAAGCAGUUGAGUGGGAGCCCAUACAUGAAAAGUACGCAAUUAUAGUUUGGUAAGUAUACGAAAUCUUAAUUCAACCAUUACAGUCGACGAGUAGACAACACUUAGGUACCUCUACCCGUGUAUAGGCAAUAUUCAUAUU